AUGUCUGACAAAGUUCAAUUGAUAGCACAGCCAGAACAGGCCGACCGUAGGCCCCUGGCUCAGGAAACUCUUGAAAAACUCCAAAAACUCGCAGAUGAAAAUUCAGUGGAGAACAAAGAAGACAAAGAAGAACCUGCAGAAUUAAAGCGUUCUCCUAGUCCUUCGAGGGUAUAUUCUCAUGAAACUGUUCAUAAGAGUGGUAAGAAGAAUGACAAUGGGUCCGAAAAGGAGACCAAAAAGGAGAGCGAAAAGGAAGACGAGAGCGAAGGAGAAUAUGACGCUGAUGGGUUCAAGAUUCCCGCCGGUAAAAUACCGUUGGAUGGCCAUUUCUCUGCACGAGAGGUUGACCAAUUGAUUCUGAUGGCACAAGAUGAGGGUCUUUUGGAUGAAGAUGUGCGAAUGAAGGUGCUUGAAAGAAACCAGAUAGGUGAUAAAGUUAUCAUUCUGGAAGAGCCCCCAGAAAGUGAAGAACAAGAUGAAACCAAGGAGGAAGCGAAGAAGAACCAAGAACAAGAUAAGAAAGAAAAGAACAAAUGA